UUGUCUAAACAGGGCGUAAUUUUCCUUGAUACGGAUACUGCUAUCAAAGAGCACCCUGACUUGGUGAAGAAAUACUUCGGGACCAUCAUCCCCUCUGCGGAUAAUCAAUUCGCCGCACUCAACAGUGCCGCUUGGAGUGGCGGGAGUUUUGUUUAUGUCCCGCCGGGUGUAAAGGUUGAAUAUCCGUUGCAAGCCUAUUUCCGGAUCAACAGCGAAAACAUGGGGCAGUUUGAACGGACGCUCAUCAUCGCUGACGAAGGCUCGCAGGUCCACUACGUUGAAGGUUGCACCGCCCCGACAUUUAGCAGUCAAUCCUUGCACAGUGCUGUGGUUGAAAUUGUCUGCAUGAAAGGGUCCCGGGUCCGCUACACCACUAUCCAGAAUUGGGCGAACAAUGUAUAUAAUCUCGUCACCAAGCGGGCACUUGCCUAUGAAGACGCACAGAUGGAGUGGGUUGAUGGCAACCUCGGCAGUAAGUUAACGAUGAAGUACCCGAGUGUCUAUAUGAUGGAGCCAGGCGCACGCGGGGAGAUCCUCUCAAUUGCGUUCGCUAGCAAGGGACAGCACCAGGACGCAGGCGCGAAAGUCUACCAUUGCGCACCACAUACCACCUCCCAGAUUACCUCAAAGUCCAUUAGCAAGGAUGGCGGACGUUCGAGUUACCGCGGGUGGGUUGAUGUCGCCAAAGGUGCCAAGGGAUGCAAAUCGCAUGUCGUUUGCGAUGCACUCAUCCUUGACAAAGACUCACGUUCGGAUACUUAUCCGGUCAUUGAAAUUGGCGAGAACGAUACGAACAUUGAACACGAGGCGCGUGUCAGCAAAAUCGGAGAAGAGCAGCUCUUCUACCUCAUGAGCCGCGGGCUUUCGGAACAGGAAGCCUCCACGAUGAUUGUGAACGGCUUUAUUGAGCCUCUCGUCAAAGAGCUCCCUAUGGAGUAUGCUGUGGAAAUGAACCGUCUCAUCCAACUUCAGAUGGAAGGCUCAGUCGGAUAA